UUCACAACUAUAUUAACUAGGUUUUGUAAGUUUUCACGUAAUAAAUUACAUUAGGUAUUUUUAUUAAUGAGUAUUUAAAAAAACUGGAAAAAUAAAAUUUUUAAUUCCACACAUUACUGUGGGAUAAAUGAAAAAAAAAAUGAAUUACAUUUAUGAUCAAGUCGGUCAGUCGGGUGGAUCUUCGGCUCCGGCACCGAAGAGAGGCCGUCCCUUCUGCAUUCAAUCACUGUCUAUGAGUCCACUGGAGAGAGCGGAUCUAUAGAUCCAUUGUUCACGAACUCUGCCAUCAAAUUCAGUUUCUAGAGUUUAAUGGGUGAGCAAGUUGAGAAGAUAUUCACAUGGGUUUUGAAAAACUUCUCCGAUUUGCAAGACGAGCCUAGCUACUCUCGCCCUUUCGCCUUCGCCGGUUGCAAUUGGAGAUGUGAUACCAAAGUAUUAGAAGGGCAACGGUGGUUCGAUGCAAGUAGUUGCGUUUGGGGGUUUAAAGAGUUCAUGCCCCUUUCAACAAUUCGUUACAGAGAUAAUAAAUUUCUGGUUGGUGACAAAAUUGUUAUUGUCGCUGAACUACACCUUUUUCCACUUGUUGUGGUACCAGUGAAGAUUAUUGAACCUCUGAGCUGCAAUGAAGGAAGCCAAGUUGCUGCUGGAAAAUCUCAGAAUGCUGCAUCUCAAGAGAAAGUAGUAGACUUUGAUGUCUCUCAGGGCAUUCCCUGUCUCCAUGAAUCUAAAGAGGGUGUGGAUGAUGAUGAUGGCGCAUCUGAAGAGGGCUCAGAAGAUGAUGGUGCUUCUCAAGAGGGCUCAGAUGAUGAUGCUGUAUCUGAAGAGGGUCAAAAUGAUGAUGAUAAUGAUGCUUCCUCUCUUGUUUCUGAAGAUGGAAGUAGGGAAAAAGGUUCCUUGAAGGAGGGAUCUCUUACAGUUGGAAACUGUGGUAGGAAGUGUAACAAUGUGGCAUCUGAGACUGAGGUUUCCAAUGUGGAUUAUUAUGAUGAUGCGCCUAUAGAGGAUCCAGGGGAUGAUGAUGUAAUUGAAAAUGAUCAGGGUGAUGAUAGUGCCUCAUCUCUUGCUUCGGGUGUCAGUGACAGAGAUGUAGGCUCUCUAAACAAAUUUGAGCACGCCUCUCAGAGGGCAGAUGAUGGUGAUAUGAAAUGUAACAAGGUAGUAUCUGUUACUGAGGCUUCCAAUGAUUUUCCGGAGGAGGUUCAACCAGUAGAGGAAACCAAAGAUGUUAAUGGUUUUCAGGUUUUUUCUUCCCAUGUAAGAAUGGUAGAAUCAGUGAGCCAUAUAUUCAGAAGACAUCCGGACAUAGCAUUAGGCUUCCGUCCGAAGAACCAAGAGAUCAGAAAAGCUUACAUGAAUGAACUUCUUAGCCUCAUUAAGAUGCUGUGCUAGUCACAGAGAAGCUCUCCGAGGAUGUUCUGAGCAAUGCUGAUGAUCAUAUGACCGGUAAAGAGAAGUACUGUGUGUUAUUACCUCACAAAGAAUUUUUUAGAUUCCUAUGUCUUGGCUUAAGAACCUUGCAAUGGAGCAAUUAAAUGUUGGGGUUUCUUAACUUUGUCUCUUAAGUCACUUUUUCUACUUAAAAACAUUAAAAAAAUAAUAAGAACCCUAAUAUGGGUCUUUGCAAUAAUCAUGCUCUAGAAUUGAGGUGGUGAUGUAUGUUGGAUUGUUGUGGGACGACAUGGUCAAUAAAGCAAAUCGCAUUAUUGAAGAGAAA